UUUUAGGUACCUAGCCGGAUUUUUCUCAAGCAUUUUGAUGUAAACUUGAACAUGCCGACAGUUUGUGAGGAAUCGGGGGCCUCCGGCUCUUCUGUUGAUUCUACAUUGGAUCUGAAAAAGAAACUUUUAUCACAGGACACCACAUACGAAAAAUGCACGUGCCAUGUGUUUACCCCAAGUGGAAGACAGUUUGGGAGGACAAUAUCGUUAGAUCCCCAGCUUCUGAACCGUUGCGCCGAGUGUCACAAGGAAAAAGGUAGAACAAAGCUCCUUCACCAUGAGAAAAUUGCAGAAGAGACUGAAGACAACAGGGAUAGAAAGUUGGGGGUUCGUUUGGGUACAGUGGUUCUAGAAGACAGGGUGGGAGGAACAAAACUAUUGGAUGAUACGGACGGGGAUGUGAAAGAGAAACUAAUUGUAACUAAUUGUGAACAAAAUGAAAAUGACAAAAAUAAUAAACUAGAGAAACUAGAGGAUGAGGACCCAGAAAGGGGCCUCGAACCUCCCAAAAGAAAGCCCUGGACACGGAGAAAAUUAGCUUUUAAGCUUACAGUAUUGUUGAUUGUUAUUGCGUUAGCCAUAACCGGCGUGGUUCUGGGAGUUACGAAUAAGAAAUCCAAGGACAGACUACCCCCAGUUGAACAGAGAUUACAACAGCCUCCCACACCGCCCCUUGUCACAAAAUUCCAAACACAUUCUCCGGCGAGGAACUGUUCGUUGAAGAUGGAGUUGGAUAAGGACAAUUUGGAAACUGGAACUCCGGACACUUUUCAGUCACACAAACUUCCUUGGAGACCACUGACGUCACACUCUGCCAGCAACGCCAUAUUAUACUCACCAGAAGCGAAGACGUUUAACGUCACAGAAUCCGGGUACUUUACAAUUCAUGCUGAUGUUCAUAUAGACACGCAUUUCUGGAUCAGCAGUGAGGACCUUCCGAAGACUUUUUCCUCCAUUUUGUGUAUCCAGUUUCCCACGAGAACACCAGCGAAGAAAUGCAACACGUCUAAAUACGUUGCACGCACGGUGCGUGCACAGGCUGUGCAUACAGACAUUUAUUUAGAGAAAGGGGAGACAUUUUACGUGACUAUUGAAGUGAUAUCGUUAAAAAUGAUAUAUCACCUCCCUACAGACAAAAAUAACAUCAUAGAAAUUACAUUUAAAAAUUGCUAGCCAUGUUUAUAGUUGUAUUACUGAAUAUAUGAGAUUUAUUUAUAUUUU